AUGACAAGAUUCUCUCCAAUUUCAGCUCCUACACAACGGUUAGUAACUUCUAUGCUUUGUGAUUCAAAUUUUAUAAAAGAAUAUAUAGAAAAGAAUCUAGAAAGGUUAAGGGGUAUGUAUGAGUUGUUUGUUGGAGGUUUGAAGGAAUUAGGGAUUGAUUGUGUGAAGAGUAGUGGGGGGUUGUAUUGUUGGGUUGAUAUGAGUGGACUAAUUCGCCCUUAUAAUGAGAAAGGAGAAUUGGAUUUAUGGGAGAAGAUGUUGAAUUUAGGUAAGAUUAACCCUACCCCUGGUUCUUGUUGCCAUUGUAUUGAACCAGGGUGGUUUAGGUUUUGUUUUACUACUUUAGAGAAAGAAGAUGUUAGUGUAGUUAUGGAAAGGAUUCGUGGAGUUGUUGAAACUUGUAAAUAG